AUGGCCGACGCCUUGUCAAAAGAGUUGGGUCUUGACAGGCCCUCCUCUCAGCAUGGUACGACUGCCAACGAGAACGUGGAUGCGACUCAGAACACAUCCCCACCCUCGGACGCAGACACCGAAUCGAUACGCAGUCUUGAACAUGGCGGGCACGACAGGCGUUCCCAGAUCGCACGUACAGUGUCGCGCAGCUCAGCGGGCCUGGAACGGACCAAGUCAGGAGUGGACGUCGAACAGGCAGAGCGUGAUUUCGCGGAGCUUAGCAAAACAUUUAGCGCACACAGCCGGCGAAUGUCCAGGACUCAAUCUUAUGGCAGAAAACCGGUAGCACAGCAUGACAUUGAGAAGGCUAUAUCGUCAGAAGCUACGUCAGAAGAGACAUGGGACCUCGAAGAGACAUUGAGAGGCGCUAGGGAAGCGGACACGGAAGCUGGCAUCAAGUCGAAGUACAUUGGCGUAAUAUGGGACAACUUGACGGUACGGGGCAUUGGCGGCGUCAAGAACUUCGUCAAAGUGUUUCCAGAUGCCUUUGUGGACUUCUUCAAUGUCCCCGGCACGAUCAUGCACCUUGCAGGAUGGGGCAAGAAAGGUCGGGAGUUCGACAUACUGCACAAUUUCAAAGGUGUUGCCAAGCCGGGUGAGAUGGUUCUGGUUCUAGGCAGGCCCGGAAGUGGAUGCACAUCGUUCUUGAAAGUCAUUGCGAAUCAGCGCUAUGGAUAUACUGGGAUUGACGGCGAGGUCUUAUACGGCCCUUUCGACUCGCAGACAUUCGAGAAGCGCUAUCGUGGAGAAGCCGUGUAUAACCAAGAAGACGAUGUGCAUCAUCCGUCACUGACCGUUGGCCAGACGCUUGGCUUUGCUCUAGACACGAAGACGCCAGGCAAACGCCCAAAUGGUAUGAGCAAGAAGGAAUUCAAAGACGCAGUAGUUGCGUUGCUACUGAAGAUGUUCAACAUCGAGCAUACCAUCAACACUGUGGUCGGCAAUCCGUUCAUGCGUGGAGUGUCCGGCGGAGAGCGGAAACGUGUUUCGAUUGCUGAAAUGAUGGUGACGAGAGCUACUGUGUGUGCGUGGGAUAACAGCACCAGGGGUCUAGACGCCUCGACUGCAUCUGAUUAUGCCAAAUCAUUGCGAAUCAUGACCAACAUCUACAAGACAACAACGUUCGUGUCGCUCUACCAAGCUUCUGAGACUAUCUACAACCAAUUUGACAAGGUCAUGGUCAUUUCUGAGGGCAAGCAGGUGUUCUUUGGCCCAGCGAAGGAAGCCAGGGCAUAUUUUGAGGGGUUGGGCUUUCUUGAGAAACCCCGUCAGACAACACCAGAUUACUUGACGGGCUGCACCGACGAAUUCGAGCGCGAGUACAAGCCUGGCCGGUCCGCGGACAACGCACCAUCAACUGCUGCGUCAUUCGUGGAGGCUUUCGACAAGUCAGAUCAUGCCAAACGGUUACAGCAGGAGAUGGGGGCCUACCGUGCGUCGAUCUCGGAGGAGAAAGAGACGUACAACGAGUUUCAAGCUGCACACACAGAAAGUAAGAGGAAGCAUACUCCCAAGAGCUCUGUCUACUCAGUACCGUUCCAUCUACAGAUCUGGGCCCUUAUGCAGCGACAGUUCUUGAUCAAGUGGCAAGAUAAGUUCUCACUUACGGUUUCCUGGAUCACAUCGAUCGUGAUUGCAAUCAUCACCGGUACUGUGUGGCUCAACCAGCCACAGACAUCUGCUGGCGCCUUCACGCGAGGAGGUGUCCUCUUUAUCGCUCUGCUUUUCAACGCAUUCCAGCUUUCGCCGAGCUUGCUUCAACGAUGUUGGGACGACCUAUCGUCAACAAGCAUCGAGCAUACACAUUUCACCGACCCUCAGCUCUCUGUCCGAGAAGCUGGUGCCUUCUUCACGUUCACCUUGAUCAUCAUUACCGGAUACCUCAGCAUGACGCUCUUCUUCCGUACCAUAGGCUGCUUGUGUCCCGAUUUCGACUAUGCCAUCAAAUUUGCGGCAUGCAUUAUCACCUUGUUUGUGAUCACUUCUGGCUACAUUAUUCAGUACCAGAGCCAACAGGUCUGGCUGCGAUGGAUCUUCUACAUCAAUGCAUUAGGCCUGGGGUUCUCAGCUAUGAUGAUGAACGAGUUCAAACGCCUGACGAUGACUUGCACCUCAGAGUCGCUCAUCCCUUCGGGUUCUGGAUACAACAACCUGCAGAAUCAGGUGUGUACGCUACCAGGCUCGACAGCGGGAUCCGACAUCGUCUCGGGUACCGACUACAUCAAGACCGCCUUCUCGUACAAUCCUGACAAUCUAUGGCGCAAUUUUGGCAUCAUAAUUGCACUAAUCAUUGGAUUUUUGCUCACGAAUGUUACGCUGGGUGAGACUGUCAAGUACGGCGCAGGCGGUAGGACCGUCACAUAUUUCCAGAAGGAGAACAAGGAGCGAAAAGAGCUCAACAUCAAGCUUCAGGAACGGAAAAGGAGACGACAAUUGAAGCAACAAGACGCGGAGGACAAUUCCGAGCUCAAUAUUGCGUCCAAGGCCAUCCUGACUUGGGAGAAUCUCACGUACGAUGUUCCUACACCGAGCGGACAGCUGAGACUACUAAGAGAUGUGUUUGGCUACGUCAAACCCGGCCAGCUUACAGCUCUGAUGGGUGCUUCCGGAGCUGGCAAGACAACACUCCUAGACGUGCUUGCAGCGCGCAAGAAUGUGGGAGUGAUCGGCGGCGAUAUCCUGGUUGACGGCGAGAAGCCAGGUAUUGCAUUUCAGCGAGGCACUUCAUAUGCCGAGCAACUUGACGUGCACGAGUCCACACAGACGGUGCGCGAGGCGCUAAGAUUCAGCGCGAACCUGCGCCAACCGUAUGAGACCCCUCAGGAACAGAAAUACUCAUAUGUCGAGGAAGUCCUGUCGUUGCUGGAGCUCGAGAACCUUGCCGAUGCGAUCAUUGGUAGUCCGGAAAGCGGCCUCUCGGUCGAGGAACGCAAGCGUGUCACGAUCGGCGUAGAGUUGGCCGCGAAGCCAUCCCUUCUCCUCUUCCUCGACGAGCCGACAAGUGGACUCGACUCGCAGUCUGCGUUCAACAUCGUGCGAUUCCUGAAGAAGCUUGCCGCUGCCGGCCAAGCGAUCUUUGCACUAUUCGAGAACUUCGAUCGACUACUACUGCUGCAGAGGGGAGGUGAGACUGUCUACUUCGGUGACAUCGGUCGCGAUGCGCACGUGCUGCUGGAGUAUUUCCACAAAAAUGGAGCAGACUGCCCGUCGGAUGUUAAUCCAGCAGAAUGGAUGCUUGACGCGAUCGGCGCCGGUAUUGCCGCUAGAAUAGGCGACAAAGACUGGGGCGAGAUCUGGCGUGAGAGUGACGAGCUUGCUACCGUCAAGGUCGACAUUGUCGAGAUGAAGCGAAGCCGUCGACAAGAGAUCUCCGAUGCACCGCCGGCCGACGAGAAGGAGUACGCUACACCGCUCUGGCACCAAAUCAAGAUUGUUUCCUGGAGGACUCACCUGGCUUUCUGGCGCUCGCCCAACUACGGCUUCACACGUCUGUUCAACCACGUUUCGAUCGCAUUAUUCUCUGGCUUAGCUUUCCUCCAGCUAGACGACUCGCGCUCAUCACUUCAAUACCGAAUUUUCGUCAUCUUCCAGGUCACAAUCAUUCCCGCACUCAUCCUCGCCCAAGUCGAGCCCAUGUACGACCUCUCACGCCUGAUCUUCUACCGAGAGUCCGCCGCCAAAGCGUACAAGCAGUUCCCCUUCGCAUUCGCCAUGGUCCAAGCUGAGAUGCCAUAUUCACUUCUUUGCACGCUAGGCUUCUUCAUUCCGAUCUAUUAUCUUCCUGGCUUCAACAACGCCAGUGAUCGCGCCGGCUACCAGUUCUUCAUGGUCCUCAUUACCGAGCUUUUCUCGGUCACUAUGGGUCAGAUGAUUGCAGCACUGACGCCAUCAUCGUUCAUCUCCAGUCUCAUCAACCCUUUCGUUGUCAUCACCUUCGCGCUCUUCUGCGGUGUGGCAAUCCCAAAACCACAAAUACCGAAAUUCUGGCGCGCUUGGCUGUACGAGCUGGAUCCUUUCACCCGGCUCGUGUCUGGCAUGGUCACCACCGAGCUUCACGGCCUGCCUGUGGUUUGUACACAAGGAGAGCUCAACUCCUUCCCUGCACCCAGUGGAGAGGAUUGCGGCGCUUACAUGUCAGAAUUCUUCGGCAGUGGUGGGCGAGGAUACUUGGUGUCGAAUGUCAGUGACGUCUGUCAGUACUGCGCAUACAAGGUUGGCGAUCAAUUCUACGAUCAAUUUCAGAUCAGCUUUGACGAUCGAUGGAGGGACUUGGGCAUCUUUGCAGCGUUUAUUGUCAGCAAUUUGGUGUUGUUGUUCAUUGGCAGUCGAUAUCUCAACUUCAACAGGCGCUGA